AUGGCGUAUUCUUUACUUGCUGGUUUACCGCCUGUCUACGGCUUAUACGUCGGAUUCCUAGGUCCUUUGAUCUAUGCAAUUUUCGGACAUUGUACACAAUUAUCAAUCGGUACAUUUGCCGUUGUCAGCCUGCUAAUUUCUGGACCUAUUGAACAAUACAGUGGAAAAGUUGAACGGCACUAUCGUAAUUCAUUGAUCAGUGUGAAUUUGACGAAUAUUGAAGACGAAAUGGUAGACGGUAUACCACCAUUAGAAAUAGAGCCGAGAGUGCUAGUCGCUAUAACGCUCACCUUCCUUGUUGGAAUUGUACAACUGGUGAUUGGACUCUGUCAACUUGGUAAACUCACAUCAUAUCUAGCACCAUCCAUGGUGUCUGGUUACACAUCUGGUUCAUCCUAUCAUGUAUUAAGCAGUCAAAUUAGUUCAAUAUUCGGUGUGAGAGCUGCUAAAAAACACCAUGGACCUGGAUCACUUUUUCUGGUUUAUGUAAACUUAUUCAAAAAUAUUCAAAGUGUAAAUUUAACCACCCUGCUUAUAUCCUCUAUUUCAAUUGUAUUCUUAAUUAUUGUGAAGUAUUCUAUUGAGCCACUGUUGCAAAAAUAUGCCCACUGCAAUUUCCCAAUACCAAGUGAACUGAUUGUGAUUGCCUUGGGCACUGUGACUUCUGCCACUAUGAACUUACAAGCAAAUUACAAUGUUUCAAUUGUUGGAUAUAUUGCAAGCGGGAUGCCACAAAUAACUCUACCGUAUUGGUCUGUUGUACCAGAUUUAAUUGCUGAGGCCAUUCUCAUCGGAUUUGUCAGUACCUUCCUUUCAAUAUCUCUGGUGAAGUUGUUUGCAAUGAAGUAUAAGUAUAAGAUCAAUUUCAAUCAUGAGAUAGUUUCAUUUGGCAUUGUGAACACGAUUACAUCAUUCUUCUCUUGUUCUGUCCAUUCGGGUAGUCUUUCUCGAAGUAUGGUAUUAGAAGGGACAAAAACACGAACUCCAUUAUCAGGCAUAUUCAGUUCAGCUAUGAUUGUAUUUGUACUACUGUUUCUUGGACCGUAUUUUCAGGCUACUCCAUCGUGUAUUCUAUCGUCAAUAAUUGUUGUGGCGCUGAGAAAUAUCCUCAUACAACCGAAGAGACUGCCCCAUUUAUGGCGUACCUACAAGCCAGACUUUGCACUAUUUUUGAUCACAUUUGUUAGCACUAUAAUACUCGAUGUGACUUAUGGACUAGUGGUUGGUAUAGUUGCUUGUCUUGUUUUACUGUCUGAGAAACAACGUGGCAUAAAAUUGCUUGAGCUGCAAAAUGUCCCUGGUACUGAACUCUAUGUCCACAAGCAUUUUGAGGUGAUGACGAGUACUCAGAUUAACAAAACACAAUUUGACUGCCUACUAUCGUCGAUCAAGUCAAUACGUGUUGUUGGUUCAUUGAAUUUUUCAUCGUUUGAAAAAUUCACUACUGGUAUUUACGCCAUAAUCAACAGGAUAACAGCAGAACAAUGUGAACAAUUGAAUAAGUUGAAUAGCCCAGAAGGCAGUGAAGAUUCACAUCCCUGGAAUAUGCAUAAUACUGAUGUGUCAUUCUUUGAAAAUAAAGAGACUGGUGAAGAGUAUGUGAAAUGUCGUCAGUUAUGCGAUAAAGGGCACGACAGCUAUUCACAUCGCGUUUCAAAGUUUGCUUUCACCGAUUCUAUUGGAAAGAAAACUAAAGGGGAUGAUGACUUAGAUGAAGAGAAAUCGUUACGCUUUCUACUCUUGGAUAUAUCUGGAAUAAC